AUGAUUGCGUCUCCUGUAAGCAAACGUAGCUCAAGAACGUCCUACUUGCUCAUUCCACUUUUUCCUACUCUCUCCUUACAUGAAAGUUUGGACUCCUGUCUGUUUUUCAUCAAUUGUGGGAGCGCUAUAGUUCACGGUAGUUAUAACCAUUGCGUUUGAGGACCAUAUUUAUUUGUAGUUCUUAGUCUUUUAAAAAUAGUCGUAUAUCUUUAACACGCAGACCUCAUUUCUUCCACUUCAUCCUAUUUCGGAGCGGACUACGAGCUCCGCUUAAGGGCUUUUUGGGUUCUUGUAACUACGGCAUGUUCUGAAAUACAGAGCAAGUACGGCCUGUCCUCAUUCCAUUCAUUUAUUUGUAGUGCAUGGCAUGAGCCGUAAAGCCAAAUUUGCGCAUGAAUGUUCUAUUUCCUGGUAACCAGUGUCUUAGAAAAUUCCAUUGAUGCAGAUGUGCUCAAGGUAUUAGUUCCAUACCGUUGGCUUCAAAGUCAUCUUGACAUUGGCCACUCGGCUGGAGGUUACUUUACUCUUGGUUUUUACUUUGUUUUGAGUAGGAUUCCUAGGAGUUUUCUCUAUAUUUUACUCGGACCUUUAAUAAAUCGGACGCUUCGAGCGUGAGAACUGGGAGUGUUGACUUGGCCGACUCAGCUAUCGCAGUGUGUGAAAGUUGAUGGACCUAUUACCUAUCGUAAUUAUUUUAAAAACUCUUAGGAUUACUUUCUCGAUUUCGAAUUCUCCACUCACUACACAUGCAUUCAAACAUAUCUUGCUGUUUUAUCUCUUGACUUUCCCAGUUGGAAGAAGACCUUGAGCAAAUAUCAGAACUCAUGUUGUCGUCGAAAGCCGCAGUAUUUGCGGACGAUGCCCAGCAUCUCUGUAGUCUAACGAGUGCAUUCCAGUCCACUGAUUGGCAGCCGCGUCGGAAUUUCCUAAGCUCUUCUCGCAAAAAAUCGGAGGAGUUCUUCAGUCCCACCGGUCGACCUGGGUCAGAUCCCAGGCGAACUGGCCCAUUCAAAGGCCCGUCCAGCACGAAAGAACGCUUUGCUCAGAGACUUAAGCAACAUAGAUUCCGUAGAGCUUCUUCAGACAUCCUCUUGCGCGGCACAAAGUGGUUAAAUGCUGGCAAGCGAAGACAUCGUAUGGCCGACAGUGGGGGCAGCGGCUCCGGAUCCCAGCGCUCACUUCAAGCAGUACCCUCUACUUCUAAGAACAUAAAGAUGCGCGGUAUGCGUGCCGGUAUCAAGUGCUCGUCCUCUGGUUUACGUCCAUCCGUUGGUGCCGCUGAUAGCAGCAUUAGUCCUGCCACAGGAAAUCAGCCAGGUCAUCUGAUGUCUCCACGAGGUGGUCGGGGUCGCGGAAAUUCAGCCUGUCCCUCUCCACCUAUGCUUUCGGCAUCUCGGACUACGACGUCCUCCAAGUCUCGCAUCCUGGAACAGAACUCCCGAUCGGCACUGCCCUAUUCACGCCACGUACCUUCUCAUGGUGCUAAUAUUGGUGGAUCGUCGCACAAGUCAGCAGGUGACGCCAGAAAACGGACGCGCAACAGCUCAGUGAACCCAGAAGACUCCCGCCGACAAGGGGUUAGCAGUAAUACUUGUGAUGCGGACAGCGCUUCCGACCAGAGUGACUAUGAUUCCAAUUCAGAUGGUGCCGCUUCUCUGAGGGAGCCGAGGGUCUUCGAUCUGCACAAGCGUACUCAACAUGUUUUCGGCCAGCCCAGUAGGGAUGACCCGGCAAACGGUCGCUUCAACGAAGAUAUCCUGCCUAGCGGCGAGGGCGUGGUGACGGAUCACGAUGACGACUUAACCUCCAACGACUCAACCCUCUCGAACGACGCUUAUACCGUCAACGAAAAUCGAAGUGGCAGUCGGGUCCCCAGCCCAGCCUCUAAACAACAGAUAACGACUCCCUCUACUACCAUCUCAUCCACUGCUGGUGGGAGAAGCCGAAUGACAUCUAGUUCUAUCAACUACAGCUACCGAAGCUCUCUCCGCAGAUCGGCUAACUCCCCUGAUCUGGUAGCUUCCAAGUCUUCUGAAAUGGAGCGGUCACAGAGCACAGGUUAUCAUUUAUCCAAGCGUGGCCGGUCAACGGGAACGUUGAGAAACCAUUCCGCUACCCGCAGUCCUGCCCCUCAGUCGCCAGCUGCCACCGUGACAGGCUUCGGUGGUGCCAAUUUGGUUGAUUCGGUUAACGCUAAUGAGGGCGAUGAUACCGAGGAUGAUGACAACAAUUGUGAGGAUGGCACCACUGGUACCGGCGAGCGGGUUUAUUGCCUCUGCAAGAAAGUCUCCUUCGGGGAGAUGAUUGCUUGCGACAAUAAGAGAUGCCCUAUCGAGUGGUUCCACUUCGGCUGUGUGGAUAUUCGUGUCCAGCCGAAAGGGAAGUGGUACUGUCCACAGUGUCGGGGGGAGACAUCGAAGUGCAGGCGUGGUGAUGCGUGA